GCAUGACAGAGUGCAGGACCACUUGGUCCAUAAUAUACAAGGAGUUAACUACAUCCCUUUCCUGGCACAAGUGUCUAUGAGGAAGGGCUGUGUAGAGCUGCUGGUUGUUCCUCAACCCAGGCAGGACUAACACCACGCCCAAGACCCUUUCCCUGAGCAACACCGGCUGCAGGUGCCUCACUCUGCACCUCUCUCUGCUCCAGGGCCAGUCUCAGGAGACAACCUCCCUCCAGCAGAUCUCCCUUCAACUGAAUUCUCUCAGCCCUUUAUAGCAGUGGUCCCCAACCUUUUUCAUCUGACAGGCACCAGACAACAAUCCAUGGAGGACUGUGGCAGCGGACGAGCAUCCGCCGAAAUACGGCAACAUCAAUAGGUGUCGCCGCUUGUCGGUGGUAUUUCAGCAGUGUCAUCCAGAGGCAUCGCUGCCGAUGCCUCUGGAUGAUGCUACUUGUUGGUGGCAUUUCAGCAGAUGCUUAUUCGCCGGCCAGAACGCAGGCACACUUAGACACCUCAGCAGGUGUCAGGGUGCCCACAGGCACUACGUUGGAGACCCCUGCUUUAUAGGGAUAACUUGACCCCUUCCCAGCUGGAUCUGAUAAAUCCCCCAUGUCUGUUUUUAAAGGGGCAGACCAACCUGCUACAGGUUGCUGGAAAGACAGACGGGAGAAUACCCGUGGGAAGAAGAUGUCCACACCCAGGGCUUGAAUGAAACCCCUCCUCAACCCCAGCAUGGGCCAUCUUUUCUUGUGUGUGGUUUUGCUUAUGCCUUAUGGUAUCUUUAUGCUGCUGUGCCCCCACUGAAAAAUCCUGUUUGUUGCUGUAUUAUAAGAUCAAGUCUGCAUUACAAGCCCUGAAGAGAAAAAAGAGGUACGAGAAACAGUUGAGCCAAAUUGAUGGGACGCUCUCCACCAUCGAGUUCCAGCGGGAAGCAUUGGAAAAUUCCCACACCAACACAGAAGUGUUCAAGAAUAUGGGCUAUGCUGCACAAGCAAUGAAAAAAGUGCAUGAAAAUAUGGACCUAGACAAAAUUGAUUCUUUGAUGGACGAUAUCACUGAACAGCAAGCAGUUGCCCAGGAGAUCUCAGAAGCUAUUUCAAACCGAGUUGGGUUUGGUGAUGAGUUUGAUGAGGAUGAGUUGAUGGCAGAAUUGGAGGAAUUGGAGCAAGAAGAACUGAAUAAGAAAAUGACGGAUGUCAGAUUGCCAAGUGUCCCAUCCACAUCGCUGCCUUCCCGCCCUGCAUCCUCCAGGAAGAAAGUGGAAGAUGAAGAUGAUAUGAAGCAGCUGGCGGCUUGGGCUUCGUAACAUCAGACUGCAGUGUUUAGAACAACAGGUUUCUUACGAUACAGGUGUAAAGAGUUGCAAUAAUGUUUUAUAUGCUUAACAAGUCGGACCCAAUUUGAUCACUUGUUUUACUUUAGUAGGGCCAAAUGAUCUUAAAAAAAAUGACUUAACUUCGAUACUAUUUUUAAAUGUUCUGUUUUUUUAAAGAGAUUUUCAGGACUUGGCCAGUCUUGUAUCAUUUUUACAGUGAAGAAUCCAGUUGGAAUUUUUAUUAAAAAAAGAGCUUUUACUAUGGAGUAUUUUUGUGAGACACUAAGGCCCCUAUGUACACACAUGACCAAAUUCACUGCUGGAGUGAAUGUUUGAAAUGUAGUAAAGUCAUAAAGGCUUACAAGCAGUGGUCAGUUUGGCUCAGAGUAUUUGAAAGCUAGUGGAACAGCUUCCAUAAGCUGCUCCGAGCACAUGGACCUAAUGGGGCUGCAUAUGGGCACAGAUCACCCACCCAGAGCAUCUUGCAGUAUCAGGGUCCCAAAUUGUAAGCUCCUUGGGGCAGAAUCUUCUAUGACAGGCUUUGGUGAGUUUGGUUUUGUUUUUUCCCCUGUAAAUCACCAUAUACACUUAUAUAAUUAGUUAUAAUCAAGGUUUAAAAUCAGUUCAGGCUCAUUCAGUGAAAAUGGUUUGGCUCUCAAGUGUAACUAGGGGAAAACUAGAGCGCAGAAUUAGUUUUAAUCUAGGUCCCUGCUGGUUUAAAACUGAUUCAGUUAACUCUGUUAAAGACCGAGAGGAGAUGUGGCCUAACUACUGCUUAUAUGCCUCCCAACUUAACUUUUCCAGGAGGAGUCAUAACUUCAUAUUACAGAUUAAAAGUUGUCAUAAUGGGACUUGUAAUGCUGUGAUUUCAAAAUAACAUUGGUUUCCAAGCAUUCAGUUCCUGUACUGAGACUUGAAUGGAAAUUGUAUCGAAGUGUUAAUAUUUGAAAUUUCUUUUAACUUCUUUCUUUCACUUCUUUGAAUGUGAGUGAUUUAGAUGUGAUGUUCAUGUACAGUGUUGCACAACUGAUUAUUUUUAGUCUAAUGGGACAAAUGUUAUUUUGAGUGCUGAAGUACUGUGUAUGCUGAGAAAUCAGAACAAGCAAAGUAAAUGAGACCUUCUGACUUAAUAACCCACUGCCGUCCGCAGUGAAAUACUGAAACACUUACAUGGGGGGGUGGGGGGUCCUAGAGUACUGGAAAUCAAAGUAAUACUGAUCUGGGUUUCUAGUUUUAAAAAUUAUAAUUGAUAAUCAGGCCAGCCAGGAAACAGUGGACAACGGGGGUUCUUUAUCCUUGUAGCAGCAGCAGAUUAACCACUUAAGAUUCUGUGCCAAGCACUUUGGCCUCACACCAGCAAAUGACUUCAGUCACCCAUUCUUCUGUACUUAAUGUUAAGCAUGUGUUUAUGUGUGUGCUCCUGAAUGAAGGCCAGAGUGCUCAACAGCUUGCUGGAUUGAGACCUGUUAAUAGAAUGGAGUGGAUUCUGAAGUUACAAAUAAGACUGGCUGGAUUCUCCUCUUACACUAGUCCAGAACUAGUAUAACUUCACUGGACUUACUUUUGGUCUAUGUAGGUAUGAAUGGAGAAUCAGGUCUGUGUGCAAGGCUAAGCCUACACUAAAGGGAAAAGUCAAUCUAAGCGAUGCAAUUUGAGUUACAUGAAUAGUGUAUCAAAUCGAUGUAGCUUAGAUCUACUUCCUGCGGGAUCCACGCUACACGAUAUCAAUGAGAGAUGCUCUCCCAUUGACUCCCCUUACUCUUCCAGAUCAGGUGGAGAACAGGAGUCGACGGGAAAGCGAUUGGUGGAUGGCCUAUGCAUUGAUUGCCAGUGUCCAUCCUCGGUAAGUGUAGACAAGCUCUUAGAGAAAACCAGGUGCAUGUGCAACUCUGUUGCAGAGCUGGGAAGCACCAGAAAGAAUCUCUUUCUGGAGCAAGAAAAAGAAAGCUGGAACUUUGUAGGUCUCUAUUUUAAAACAGUGUAUUUUAUAUUUUAAAGCAUAGUCUUCUAAAUUUAUUAUGGAAACUAAUACAGUAACAGUGUAAUUCAAUUGUAUUGCAUUCUAAAAUGCAAGACAAGAUACCGAUGAGAAGCUGCUGGGACUAAGGGGUUUAUUAAAAUAACUAAUCGUCUGAGUUAAGAUCUGUUUUCUAUGCAUUUGGUGAGAGUCACAUUUUCAAGAUUAAGCAAGCUUAUAUAUGUCAAUGUACCUAAGUUAUGGAUAAAUUGGGCAAUAGUGAUGGACUACUUAGGUGCAUAACUGGCCAUGUGUUUGCACAGAUCUGAUCACUGUGCACACCUCUGGCAUUUCUAUACAUAAGUUAGGCAGUGCCAAUAUGUUUACAUGCUUGGUUUGGAAAGACUGGCCCAUAAUAUCUGUUUUUUCUCAAGUUAGUAGUUUUCCAAUACUUAACACUUAACCUGUUCAAAGUGCUUGACUAACACUAAUUAAAUACAAUGUACAUUUGAUUGUACCUUUUAGAAGUAACCAGAGAUAUUUGUAUUGCUAUUUAAUUUCUUUUGAAAAUAAAGACAUGGUCCCUGCACUGGAAAGCUUUCUCUGUG